CACCGCCGCCACCGCCGACGUCAGCGCCGCUUGCCACUUGCCGCUUGCCGCAGCAUCACUGCGCUGCAGCUCGGGUGCCGGUCUCUGCAGGAGCCACCCAGACCCCUGCGCGGUUGCUCUGACAUGGCCGAUUCCGAGAACCAGGGCCCCGCGGAGCCCGGCCAGGCGGCCGCGGCGGCGGCGGCGGCAGCGGAGGCGGCCGCGGUGGUGGAGGAGGUAAUGGCGGAAGGCGGUGCGCAGGGGGGGGACUCGGACAGCGCGUCCGGAGACUCGGACGGUGCGGUCGGCCAGACGGCCGAGGAGCCGCAGACCCCUGCGGAGAAUGCACCCAAGCCUAGAAAUGACUUUAUCGAGAGCCUGCCUAACUCGGUGAAAUGCCGGGUCCUGGCCCUGAAGAAGCUGCAGAAGCGGUGCGAUAAGAUCGAAGCCAAAUUCGAUAAGGAAUUUCAGGCGCUGGAGAAAAAGUACAACGACAUCUAUAAGCCCUUACUCGCCAAGAUCCAAGAGCUCACCGGUGAGAUGGAGGGGUGUGCAUGGACUUUAGAGGGGGAUGAGGAGGAAGACGAUGAGGAGGAGUACGAGGAGGAGGAGGAGGGAGAGGAGGAGGAGGAGGAGGAGGAAGAGCCUGCGGCAGAGGCUGCGGCGGGGGCGGCGGCGGCGGCUGCCAAACACGAGGGUCCCCACUCUGCAGCGUCUGAUGACGCCAAGAAAUAAGCGGGGGCCGAGAUGGCAGAGGAGAAUGACGAUGCAGAUCAAAACCCAGAUUUUUUUUUUUUUUUAAAUAUUGGUGGACUUGAAAAGGCUCAGGUUUUGCACCAAAGUUCAAUGUGAAUCAAUUCUGACAUUCCUGAAACAAUACUAAAUUGAUGCAAUCCGAUUCUGGCCAGCCCGUUUCAAAUGUGAUUUCCAAUUGGAACACAAAAACAUCGAAAAGUCUUGAAAACGAGUUAAAUUUAAAAUGAUGUUUUCAUGAUCUCUUCUGCGAGGACUGGAGUUGAGACUUACGAAGGGUGUCAAGCAGAUAUGAAGUAAAGACGUCACUUUGAAACCCUUUCAUCACACCAUCAUCGCCCCACGCACUGAACCCACACACAAGCCGAGACGGAACGUGUUUUCAAAGCCCAAUUCUUCCAUUUCUUUAGCCCUGCAGUUUUCCAGCGCAGAAGAAGAAGAAUCCAAGAAAAAAAAAAAUCUCAUCUUUUAAGACUUUGCUUUUAUAACCUAAACCUCAGCUUCACACUUUCGAGAAGCGUGAUGGAAUGCAGGAAGCCGGUGCCAGAGAUCAUGACAGUACUGUUAAUGAGGCCCAGAAAACUGCCACUUCAAAUUCUAAAGACUGUGCUGAGUAUCUGAAUGUAGUGAAACAACGUGGUUCUGAGAAGGAGGGUGUAGAACCUGUACAAUAUUGUCAACAUACGUGUGCAUUAUUUAGAGUCUCGUGUUUAUGUGUGUUUUCUUGAGAGUGUCUACUUACAAAGGUGUGACCCCCCCCCAGAUGUUUAAGUAUUAAAUCCCUUUAUUUAGCAUUGUAGAAAUCUUAAUUUCAUUGAAACUACGUAGAAUCUAGUAAAUUCUGUAAGGCAUGUGUAUCCAAUGUUAUGUAGUUUGAUCCUUGUGAAGUCUUUUUUGUCUUGUAGCUUUUAGGAGGUAGCUGUGAAAAUGAUCAGAACUCUUCACUGAAGCUAAUGUUCAGAAAAAAAUAUAUACUUGAAGAACCAAUCCAACUGUGUGUCCCCACCCCCAGCUCAGAAGUAGAAAGGGUUUCAGUUUGCUUGUGUUAGCUGUGCCUUCAUUAUUUUGCUAUGUACAUGUGAUAUAGUAAAUAUAAAAUGGUGCAUAAUCAAAUUUUACUGCUUGAGAACAGACUGGCAGACAGUAAAGGAGUUUUAGGAGGACACAUGUAAUGGAAAGGCUCUUAGCUUCCUUGUGGGUUUUGAAUUGUGUGAUCUGUAAAGAGACAUGCGAAUAAAGUUGUUUACCACUGUGGUGUUAAUAAAACAGUAUUUUCAAAAAACAAAA